CUUUCCGCAUGCCAAAAUAUUAUCUGAAUUAUAACGUGUGAAAAAUUGUCUUUCCAUUGCAUGUACAAUUUGAAACAAAAUCGUUGAAGGAACGAUCAUUAGUAAUAAUAAUAAUAAAAAUCAAGGUUAGAAUCUCUAACAAUGCAGAAGCCUCAAGUGAACCACCCAUUGACCCUCUGCCAAUCCUCGUCGAUCGAAAUCUCGAAACUCCUGUGGUCUCAACCCGACUUGAAACACCAGCUAAUACUCUGGAUAAAAACCCACAGUAUUUGGUCUUCCUCGACUGAAUCCACUGAUGCCCAGAACACAUUGCGUGCCCAAAUCUCCCGUAAAAUUAACGAACUGGUCCCCUCUGAACGCCUCAAACAGGAGUUGAGGCAAACCGUGGAUUUGAUGGGAACGAGACUGCGGCAGUGGAUCCACAAGAUGGAAAGACGUGGUAACAUUUCAGUGGACUUGAUACUUUACCUCGAUCACAUCCACUGGGGACGUCCUGGGUGCGUUGACGAGUCUGCAACCAUAAACUCGAUGUAUCUCUCCCAGGUUUUUCCAGAGAACAUUAUCACGUGGCUCGAGCUCUGCGACUACUGCCUCGAGGACUGCAUCAGGGACUUGUGGCCUAAAUUAUCAGAAAUCGAGGAGAAUUUCUACACUAGGUCUCAGUCAGUCUUGUCAACCUACUGGUGUCACUGGCUGCAGAACGAUCUGAAGAAAGGACAUGCAACUUUCAGAAUAGUUAUCCCAGAUUGGGAGGAUGAUCAGUCGCUGGAAGAAAAUUUGUUUGCAUAUAGUUUUCUUUAUGGCACUUACUCAGCAGUGGAAUAUUUCUGGAGGUUGAUGAGAAAUGAUCAGAGGAAGAGGACGAUCAUUCGUGUAGCUCGAACGAUCCUCAGUUUCAUCGAGCUGCUGCCACAGCCUGAUCUUGUGGUUUUUCUACUCCAACAGAUAUUCUUUUAUGAUCUGAAUCAUCUGUGGAUUCAGCUGCUGAAUUCAGACCGUUUGCUUGUUAAAUUGUUGAAUUGGCCUUAUCAACAUUUAUUCUUGGCGGCUGCUGAGGCAUCGUGGGUGCACCAUGGGCCCAUUGAUUACACUCCAAUUCUUAUCGAGAUCAUUAAAUCUAUGAAAAGUUUAUGUUUAUUCUCAACUGAUGGGGCUCAUUCACAGUACUGCGAGAUAGUUUAUGAUAUUUUAGAGAGAGUCGUGGGUGACAAAAAAGGAUCGAUCAACUUCUUGAAAGUUCUCAAUGAAGCAUGGGAAAUGGAGAAUAAUAAGAUGUUGAAUUAUAUUAUCAAUUAUCCUCGUUUGGAGGAAAUGAGGAAUUUCCAUGUUUUUGUGAUGAUGCAAGCGUUUAAGCGUAGACAUUGCUCUGUAGACUCGGAUUUUGGGGAAAAAUUUGUGAGGGAGGUUCUUGUUUCUGACGCGGAACGAGAGUCAUUCAGGUGCCAAGUUAAGGAUAGGGGCUUUGAGAUUGAUGGGGGAAUGAAGGAGAAUUAGUUAGUUUAAUUCAUCUAUUCCUAUUCAUUGAAAAUUGUUCUGCAAUACAGUGCACUGAGAAGAAAAAUAUUUUUGCCGAGUAUCCAUUUACUUGACAUAAAUAUUUAUUUUUUUAAUAAUGUAUUCCGCCAGUCGAGUCAUUCGCAGGCAUUCCUCAUUAGUUUUCAGAUAUGACAAUUAUAUUGCUCUAGAAGAUGAUCAGGUUAGUUAGGGACUUGAGUAAACUCCCUCAAUAAUUAUCAACAUUAAAAGAUUAAUCCAAAUUCUUCCUUUUGGAAAAUGAGAAAUUGAGGAAAAAUGAAUAAUUAUUGAAGGAGUUCAUCCAAGGUCAUGUGUAACAUAGUUAUCCUCUAGAAUAACAUGAUUAUCAUAAUUGAAACCUAAUCGGGCUUGCCUGC